AUAUUCAAGUAUACGAACACAUAUACACCUAAAUACGAAAUUUUAUUCGGAAUGGAAUUCAACGCACGUUCCAAUGGCAAAGUACGGAACUGAAUUAUGCAACUCCGCCGAAUUUGGCUGGGUAUAAAAGCGCUUCCACGCAACGGGGGUAACACAAUCUCAAUUUGCAGUAUCCUCAAAACGCUCAAAAUGGCCAAAUUCAUCAUUGUUCUGUGCGCCUUCAUCGCCUGCGCCGCCGCCAAGCCACAGCUACUCGCUCCAGUCGCCGCGCCGUUGGCCGCCGCACCCGUCGUUGCCGCAGUGCCAGCCGCUUACGCAGCGGCUCCCAUCGCCUACGCCAACGCGCACUUAGAUGCGGCCUACGCCAGCAGCUCGAUCGAUGUGAGACAGAACUACGGCGCCGCUGUAGUGCCUGCCGUGUACUCCGCCGCAGUUGCGCCAGUUGCUCCUGUAGCGCCUUUGAAAUACACCGCUGCCGCUCCAGUCCUGUUGUAG